AUGGUAAGAGUACCCAAAAACAGUAGCGACUUUGCAGGCAAGAAAACAGCAAGAUAUGGAACCAAGAGCAAGUCAAUGGAUGACAGAAUCAGAGUCAAUGAUAGAGUUCAAAUAGGUCCUGAAAAUAACAACAUACAUGGCGACUAUACAGGUAUAGUAAAAUACAUUGGCCCCACAGAUUUCGCCACCGGUAUUUGGUGUGGGAUCCAUAUGGAUAACCCCAAAUAUGGUAAGAAUGAUGGAUCGAUUGACGGUAUUAGGUAUUUCCAAUUGGCUUCUGAUUAUCCUCCGAAAGCUGGGCUGUUUACUAGAAUUGAGAAUGUUCAAUUGCUUACAGGUGAGCCUCAUGAUGAAGAUGAGUUGACGAAGUUGAGGGAAAUUGUUCAAGCUUUACAAAAUAAGGUUGUUGUAUUGAAAAAGGAACUGAAGAAGUCAUUUGGUGAGAAGAUGCAACUUAAAGGAUUACAAGAUACCAUUGAACUUUUGACUUUGAAUGAUGAAGAUUUGAAUUUACGAAAUCAAGAAUUUCUUGCAAAGAUACAGGUUCUACAAGAAGAAAAUAAGCAAUUACUAAAUGAAUUACAGCCAUUGAGAGAAGAACUGGAAAUGAGACGAUCAAUUAAAUUUGAAAAUACUCAAAAGAAUGAAGACAAGAAUUAUCAAUCGUUACUUGAACAGAAUAAGUUAUUACAAAACGUUCUGAAUGAAUUGGAAAAAUCGCUAACAGAAUCUCUUCAAGAUUAUGAAUUGGUACUUGAAGAAAAUACCAAGCUUAUCUCCAAGAAUUCAUGCUUACAAAAGUCAGUUGAGCAAUUGACUAAGGAAUUGGAAAGUUCGAAAACAAUCUUGAAUGAUUUAAAAAGACAAUUAAUGGCGGAGAAGGAUUCUACAAAUAUUGUUGAUUUUUUGACUGAACAAAAUAAUGAAUUGCUUUCACAAGUGAAUUCUUUAACUCAUGAAAUAGAAAAAUUAAGCUCGAAAGAAAAUACUACUCUCGAUGAUCAUUUAAAUUCAGAAAGCAAAUUACAACAGCAAUUAGAUACCUUACAGAAUCUGCUGGAAUCCAAAGAGGAAAGGAUACAUCAAUUGGAAAACGUAAUAAAGGAAAUUGACGUCGAGGGACGUGAUCAAGAACAAAAGCACUUGAAAAUGCAACUGACAAAGUUACGCAUUAAAAUUUCAGAUCUUGAACAAGAAUUAUUUAAAGAUACCAUAUUAAUAAAAUUUCAUGAAAUAACUACGGUUAACAAAGAAGAUAACCUCGCAUUGUUGCCGAAUAAACUUCAAUACUUUCUUGCUCAUAUCAAUGACAAGGAGUUAAGAGAUUCCAUACACCAGAAGAAAAGAAUCCAAUGUAUGCUAAUUCUACUGAAAGAAUUAACAUCUGUUAAGGAAACUUUUCAAGAUGAUUUAUUUAGAGAAUAUGUGGUACAUGUUUCUGACAUAUGCCAUCGAUACUUAAGUGAAUUUGCCGAAGGAUUUGUUCGAGAUGAUACAAUCGAUAUAGAAACAGCAAUCAAAUUUUUAAACAGCAGCAGUUCGGUCGACAAAGAUCCCCUUCUUCUAUUGAACAUAUAUAGAGAAAUAUUCGAAUGUAUUUCGUUUGAUUACUUAGAUUCCACUUUAAACUCAACGAACUCAGAAGAAAUACAUGCAAAAUUAUUACGCAUAAGUGAACUUUGUAAAGAAGUAUCUUUAAAGGCAAACAGUCUGCUAGCCAGCAUUGAUAAAUUGUCAGAAUACAAAUUUUCCGAUAACAAUACAGAUAAUCAUGAGUGCAUUAGAGAAAUUUUUGAUAUUUUCGUCUUCCCUUUCACUACGCCAUAUAGUCAUAUAGACUUUGGCUUGGUUAUUACGGUUUUGAACAAGAUUAUUAACCGCUUGGAGGAUAAUGAGUUUAUUAUCAAUCUUGGAAUACAUACCGACCCAGCAACUGUUCAUAAACAGUUAGACAUGCAAAAUAAAGUAAGUAAAGACAAACGUUUUGAGAUUACUGGCGAUACCGAACUGAAAAGUAUUCUUGAGGAGAAAGUAAAAGAAAAGGAUGCGUAUAUACAGGAGUUAACUCUACGGCUUCAAUUAAUUGAUGUUAAGAAUACGAGAAACCUAGAACGAGAAAAUCUUAUUGGUCAAUUGAAGAAUCAAAUUUCUACUAUCAACGAUGAAAAGAUAAAAUACAUGGAAAGUAUAAGAGAUUUGAAGAGGAAAUUAACCAAUACGACUAAAGCUCUAAAAUAUGAGAAACUCAACCAAUACCAACUUAUUAUAAGUAAUCAACUGAAUGAAGAAAUAGUAGACCGUGAAACACUCAGUAGAGUCGAUCUGAUAUCUGAGAUUAAUGAUUUGAGAAAAGCAUUAUCCUAUAAGUGUAAUACAGCAGCAUAUUCAGAAUCUGUAACGUUUGAGUGGUUGAACGAGGACAUGGAGGAGUACAUUUUCAGCAAAAGUGCAUCGGUCAAAACUUCUGGUAUGAGUGAAAAAUUACAUGCUUUGAACAAAACAAUGAAUACCUUAAUUAAUGAAUCAGAUAUCCGACCAGCUAAUAUUUAUGAUGAAAAUGUGCAAGAAAUCGUAAAAUAUAAAAUGAAUAUCAAGCACUCCAUUUCCAACAUAAAAUUCAAAGAUAAAUUGCUGGAUCAUAUGAUUACAGAAUUGAACAUUGAAUGA